AACUGAGAGGGUUUCAGACGAGAUACAAAGUGGCAUCAGUUGACACACGCGGCUGAAAGCAACGAAAAGAGUUGGCUGCUAACUGCUAAUCAUGGAAGGUGCAUACGAUGGUGUCCUGGAGGUGGACUUUUCGAUAGAAAACAUGACUGAUGAGUCCGGAUCAGGAUACGAAAUCGAUUAUAAGUUGCCUUGCGAGAGCAGUGGAUACAGCGACUUUAAGCAGAUUUUUCUCCCCGUCAUUUACUCCGUGAUUUUCAUCAUGGGCAUUUUUGGCAACGGAUUGGUGAUCAUUGUGAUGGGCUACCAGAAAAAGUCCAAAACGAUGACCGACAAGUACAGACUCCAUCUUUCUGUGGCAGACCUCCUGUUUGUGCUUUCCUUGCCCUUUUGGGCAGCAUAUGCUGCCAGCAGCUGGCACUUUGGUGGUGUUCUGUGCAAGAUGGUACACAGCAUCUACACUGUAAAUCUGUACAGCAGUGUUCUCAUUUUGGCAUUCAUCAGUCUCGACCGCUACAUGGCAGUUGUGCAUGCCACCAGUAGUCAAGAGCUGAGGAUGCUGCUGGCCGACAGGGUUAUUUAUAUAGGUGCAUGGCUACCCGCUUUAAUUCUCACAGUCCCGGACCUUGUGUUUGCCUCAGUUCAUAAUUCAGACGGCAGAGUGGUAUGCGAGCAUGUGUACCCUCCGGCUUCUUCUCUAACCUGGAACAUUGUUUUCCGUUUCCAGCACAUUAUUGUUGGUUUGCUGAUGCCUGGCCUGGUAAUUCUGUCCUGCUACUGUGUUAUUAUCCUUAAGCUUUCCCAAGGUUCGAAAGGUGUGCAGAAACGUAAGGCUCUAAAGACCACCGUCUUCCUCAUCAUCGCCUUCUUCUCUUGCUGGCUCCCAUACUGCAUUGGCAUUUUCAUUGAUGCCUUAAUGAUGCUGAAUGUCAUCAAGCACAGCUGCCAUCUAGAAGACGUUUUGAGCAUGUGGAUUAUGAUUACAGAACCCCUGGCAUAUUUCCACUGUUGCCUCAAUCCCAUUUUGUACGCAUUCCUGGGUGCCAAGUUCAAGAAGUCCGCGAGAAACGCACUGUCCUUCAGCCGAGGAUCCAGCUUGAAAAUGCUCUCAAAGCAAAAACGAACUGGGCUUUCAUCAGUGUCCACAGAGUCCGAGUCCUCCAGUUUCCAUUCCAGCUAACCAAGGCGAGAUGGGCUGGUUUUUAUUUAAAACUGUUUACUCCUCGAGUGGGCACCUUAAAGGACUUUGUGCUCAAGUUCAACAAGGGACUGACUACAUUUGUAACUGUACAUAGUUUUUAUUGAAGUUGUAUGUGUUUUUGUGUUUGCCUCUGUUCAGCGUGUGUUCUAUUUAAGACUGUGUUUGUUUUCUUAUCUAAAAUUGUGAAAAUAAAUGGGCAGAGCCUAUAGGCCAUUGAUUGGCCAGAAGUUAAGCUACUAAAUAACAAAUGUUAUGCUCUACAUUACUUCCGUACAUUUCAUUGCAGCAAUUCAUAAUAAUAAUUUUCCCACCCAAUAUUUUACAAUCAUCAGAAAAGUGUGAUGUUAAAUGCAGUGUUUUUUAAGUCAAUUUUUCAGUGUUCCAGUUGCGUUAGCACUUAAAAUAUGUAGCUCAUAUAUCUAUUGUUCGGAUAACUAUAAGCAAUGAUAAUUAUUGGAAAAAAAUUACUUCAUUUCAAAAGGUUUGCAUAUUAAUAAAAAUGUUCUGCCGUAAGGAC